UCCCCGUAAGAAACCAUGCCACUUGAGCAGAACCAAUGUGAUCGUUAUAUAUUUAAGCCCUCGUCCCUUGUUCUUUCAUGCACAUCAACCCCAUCCACCGAGUUCUCAAUCAUCAUGCAUUCCGUCCACGAAGAAACAGUAGUCCCCCAUAAUUAUCGACGUUCGGCCUCUCGGCUAACGAUACUCGCUCACUUGUUCGGGAUUCUAGCUUUCAUCCUCAUGCUGGUUUGGUUGCUGCAUUAUCGCGGAGGUAUCGAGUACGGUUCAUACGAUGGUUCUCGAGUUUUCAAUGUUCACCCAUUUCUUAUGUUCUCUGGAUUCAUAUUUCUCUCCGGCGAAGCGAUGAUGGUGUACAAGACGGUGCAAGCGACACAUAUGGUCCAGAAGGUGGUGCAUAUGAUGUUUCAGCUCGGGGCAUUUGUGCUCGGAGUGGUCGGACUUUGUGCUGUGUUCAAGUUCCAUGACAUGUCCAACGUCGAAGAUGUUUACAGUCUGCAUUCAUGGAUCGGGAUCGCCACUAUUACAUUGUUUGCAGUUCAGUGGUUGGCAGGGUUGAUAUCGUUUAUGGCUCCUCAACCGGAGAUGACAAAGCACAGCAUGCUUCCGUGGCACAUUUGCGGCGGCCGUACAUUGCUAUACAUGUCGAUAGCGGCAGCGCUCACGGGGUUGAUGGAGAAGGCUACGUUCCAGCAACUGCAAAGUGACCGUGAAGCUCGUUUGGUCAAUUUCUUGGGGCUUUGCAUCCUUUUGUUCGGCAUUUUUGUUGAUCUCAGUGUUGCUAUUGCACGUUAUGUUUGAUCUUUGUUCUCCUUUUGGUGUGUGAUUUUCCAUUUUUUGGGGCGAAUUUUACAUUUGAUUUAUG